AUGUCAGCCUUGUCAAACCGUGGUGAAAUUACAAUCGGCAACCCUGAGGCAGCCCAAGAUCUUUAUGGGUUGGGCGUGCGUGUCGGGUUCUAUCUACAAGGCCUGGGUAUGAUUCUCUACAACUAUGGCCCUGACGAGGUUGAAGAUACCAAUACCUCCGCCACUGGAGAUGGUCAAGAGCCCAAAAACGAAUAUGGCAAGGGUCUUACGAUAGCUGCGACCUCAAUCGCCCUCGCUAUUCUUGCAUCAUGGUUCGUAUUUGCAGCGCGUGCUAAAUUCAGUGCCGCGGAAAGCGUCAUCACAUUGUUUAUGGUGUUCAGCGUGUCACUGAUGGCAAAAUCGACACUGGACAAUGCUCGUGCGAUUGUUGGGGAGCUGACAGGCGUGGUGGCUAUCCUCCUGACAGAACUGGGGCUAUGCGCGGCGCUAUUGUGGACGUUCGCGGUGUUGGUGAAAAGGCUUCCACUCUUGGGCACGCAAAACCUGGUGUUCUUUUUUGCACCGGUAAGGCUUGAUGGAUGGUUUAGGUACCUCGCGCUGGUGUACUUUGUAAUUGAUGCAGCCACAUCAUUGAGCUUUGCGUGGAAGGUUUUGCGGAUCAUGGUCAUCGUAUGCGAGUGCUGGAUUAAUGGGAGGACGGAGGAGAGGACUAAGAGGGACGUUUUGAAAAUAGAGAAUACCCUUGGGUGGAAAAAGAACGAGAUGACCCCCUAUAUCCAUGCCAUGAGAUGGAUAACUUGGAUCUUGAUGGUAUUGGCAGUAGAGCUCACGCUGCACUGGAAUCAGUUAUCGCCUACAACAGACCUCCUGGUCCCCGGCCAGCUGAUCCCGGGAAUACGCUCAUUCAAGAGGCAUAUGACGGACCUAGCCAAUAAAAUUAAGGCGGCCGGUCAGACACAAGUCUAA